CAUUGGACACUGAUGUUUGUAAAAAAAAGAUUCAAUGACUAAUAAUAUUUCAGUAAUUUAUAUUCCUUAUGACAACGUAUAACGAUAUAUAUACCCUUCAGUUUUUAAGAUCAACAUCACAUUUCAGUGACAGUUGCUAGACGGACUGACAAACUUUAUGGCUGUCAAAAAUUUUGAUAAAAUGUUGAAGAUUUCACAAUUUUGUGUCAUUAUACCAGUACACUGAUACAUAUAGGAAAUUAAUAAUGAUAAUAUUUUAACAGAAGACAGAGUUUUAAUUUCGAAAGUUCUUGAUUUCAUGAGAUAGAUCGUAGUGGCACUAGUUAAGAAAAAUGGCUGCGGUAACGGCAUCAAGACGGCAUCGGAUGUCACUCACUGAUGAUAAACUUCUUGAGGCCAUUGGUAUACAGAAAAUAACGGUGAAAGGGAAAAGUGAAGAAGAGGUUGAAGAAGAAUAUAAUGACAAGUUUUCUGGUAAAGCAACAAAAGGCCAAGAUAUAAAGUUCUUUAUACCAGAUAAAGAUUUUUUUACCCCGAUGGGGAAGUCGAAGAGAGGUGACUGGUUAGCAGAACACAAAGAAUCAGGACAGACUUACAAACAGUUUAUUACAGGUGGGUACCGGGGCCCAGACAAGAUUCACCACACCAUUUAUCUUGCACCAGUGACAUUUAAAGAAGACGCAAUACCGGAGCAGGUCCUGCAACCUCUGAAAACUUUUGCAGAAAUAUUCUUCGGAAUGAAGGUUAACUGCAUGGAAGAGCGUAACUUAGUUGGUAAAGUGUCAGAUAGAUUAAAUGAUGAUAUCUUUCAAGUUAAAGCGGGUCAGAUCCUGGAUAGACUUGAUGAAAAAGUGCCAAGAGAUGCAUUCUGUGUAGCUGGGAUAACAAUGUGUGAUUUGUAUCCAAAAAAUGAAUGGAACUUUGUAUUUGGAUUAGCACGUUCACCUGGACGUACAGGUGUAUACUCAUUGGCCAGAUACCUUACAAAUUUUGGAGAAAGUACAUAUACGCAAAUAAAUUUAGACAGUGAUCCAAUACCUACACUCUUAGUCAGGGCUUGCAAGACUAUGUGCCAUGAAAUGGGUCACAUGUUUGGACUGCGUCACUGUACUCAUUUCCAUUGCCUCAUGAAUGGUUCCAAUCAUUUAGAGGAGUCUGAUUCCCGGCCCAGCUUCCUGUGUCCUAUCUGCUUGAGAAAGUUACAUCAUGUGUGUAAGUUUGAUAUCAUACAGCGCUACAAGGACAUGAAGGACUUUUGGUCAGAGCAGGGUUUGAAGUCGCAAGCAGACUGGUUGGAAAGGAGAUUAAAUAAACUGUUAUCUUGAGUUUUCCUGGAACAAAUUUGGAAACCAGUCUGAAAAUGCAACAUCACCAUUGGUUACUUUCAAGAUAGUGCUCAAAGGUAACCAGUCUGAUUAUAAAAUGUUGAGACUGGUUCCCAAACUCUACUUCAUAAACUGAGACACUUGUUUCUCUUGUGCAUCCAUUUGGAAACAGCAAAAUUUUUUUUCUUUUUUACUGCUUUUCAUGUUUCCUUUAUUGUGCAUUUAUGUUCCACUAGCACAUCUGUCAUUGAAUUGAGAUUCAGAUAGCACUUAUGGUUAUGGAUGAAAGGGAUAUCAAAGAAGAGUUACGUUAUUGAAUUUACUCAAUAAUAAGAUCAGUGACUGUUAGUCCAUCUAUUCUUUUUAGCCCACCUGAGUAUGAAGUGCUAAUGAUAACGUUUUAGACUUUGCUGGAUGUUAGUUGUCUGUCCACAUUUUCUUAAAAGAAUAUCUCUUCCCUAACCACUGACCUAAUUUCAACCAGACUUCACAGGAAUGUUCCUUGGCUAUCAACUUUCAGAAUCAUCCCUUCAGAUAGAUUUCAUCCUUGCAUGGCAACCAAAGAAAAAAACUCCUUUUAAAAAAACACUGCUUGCAUGAUUUUGAAAUAAUUUCACAGAAAUAUUCCUAGGGUGAUACCAAAUUCUUUAAAAUCAUUCUGUAUUUAGCUCACCUGUCACGUAGUGACAGGGUGAGCUUUUGUGAUCGUCCGUCGUCCGUCCACAAUUUCCUUGUGAACACGAUAGAGACCACAUUUUUGUAUUUGAUUUUAAUCAAACUUGCUCACAACUAUGGGCAUAAUAUCUCGGUUCCUUUCGAAAACUUCCAGAUCCCAUCAUGGGUUCCAGAAUUAUGGCCUCUGUAAAGGCCAAAAUUUGCUAUUUUGGGCUUGUGAACACGAUGGAGACAACAUUUUGCGAUCAACUUUAAUCAAACUUGCACACAACUUUUAUUAGCAUAAUAUCUCGGUUCCUUUCGAAAACUGGCCAAAUCCCAUCAUGGGUUCCAGAGUUAUGGCCCCUUAAAGGACCAAAAUUUGCUAUUUUUUGCUUGUGAACACGAUAGAGACAACAUUUUGCAAUCAAUUUUAAUCAAACUUGCACACAACUUGUAUUGGCAUAAUAUCUCGGUUCCUUUCGAAAACUGGCCAGAUCCCAUCAUGGGUUCCAGAGUUAUGGCCCCUUAAAUGUCCAAAAUUUGCUAUUUUGGCUUUUUGCAGCCAUAUAGAGACCUCAUUUAUGGUUUGAUUUGAUACAAACUUGCAAAAUAUCUUCAACAACAAUAAAUCUUGGAUUCCAUGAUGAAUCUAUCAGAUCCAAUCAUAGGUUCUGGAGUUAUUUUAUAUCUGAUUACCUCCCCUGAUUUUAAUCAAAAUGGAUUUAUAUCAGUAAGUACUGAUAGGACUCAUUUAAAAUUUCAUUAUUGUUAUUAGUUGGACUCAGACAAUUAGGAUAGAUAACUAUGGACUUAUUUUAUGUCAAAUUACCUCCCUUUAUUUCAAAUUAAACUGGGUAUAUCGCCAUAACUAAUAAGGUACUGAUCUGAAAUUUCAUUUAUGCCAUUAGAUGGACUUGGACAAUCGGUGAAGAUACAUAUUGACUGAAUUUAUGACAGAUUACCUCCCUUUAUUUUUUAUGUAAAAGAAUAUACCUAGCAGCUUCUAAUGAGAUUGGUUUGAAACGUUAUUUAUGUCUUCCAUGGUAAGAAAUUUCUACUUUUACUUCCUUUUCUAAUAUAUUGUUGUAAAGGCUUGUACUCUAUAUCUUCUACAUGAAUGCAUGAUUACCACCCCUGAAUUUAUUAAAAAUGGAUUUAUCUCAGUAAGUGUUUAUAGGACUCAUUUAAAAUUUCAUUAUUGUCAUUUGUUGGACAGAGACAAUCAGGGUAGAUAACUGUAUGGGCUGAUUUUAUGUCAAAUUACCUCCCUUUAUUUCAAACUAAAAUGGGUAUAUCUCAGUAAUCAAUGAAGAUACUGAUUUGAUAUGUCAUAUAUGCCAUCAGAUGGACUCGGACAAUAAGGGUAGAUAACUUUUGACUGAAUUUAUGACAAAUUACCUCGCUCACAUGAGUUUUUUUCUGAUCACUCGAUGUCCGUUGUCUGUCUGUCUGUCCGUCAACAUUUAGCUUGUGUAUGCAAUAGAGGCUGUAUUUUUCAACUGAUCUUCAUGAAAUUUGGUCAGAAUGAUUACAUUGAUGAAAUCUAGGCUGAGUUUGAAAAUGGGUCAUCUGGGAUCAAAAACUAGGUCACUAGGUCAAAUCAAAGAAAAACAUUGUGUAUGCCAUAGAGGCUGUAUUUUUCAAUUAAUCUUCAUGAAUUUUGGUCAGAAUGAUAACCUUGAUGAAAUCUAGGUCGAGAUCGAAAAUGGGUCAUCUAGGGUCAAAAACUAGGUCACUAGGUCAAAUCAAAGAAAAACCUUGUCUAUGCGAUAGAGGCUGUAUUUUUCAAUUAAUCUUCAUGAAUUUUAAUCAGAAUGAUAACCUUGAUGAAAUCUAGGCUGAGUUUGAAAAUGGGUCAUCUGGGAUCAAAAACUAGGUCACUAGGUCAAUUCAAAGAAAAACAUUGUGUAUGCCAUAGAGGCUGUAUUUUUCAAUUAAUCUUCAUGAAUUUUGGUCAGAAUGAUAACCUUGAUGAAAUCUAGAUCGAGUUUGAAAAUGGGUCAUCUGGGGUCAAAAACUAGGUCACUAGAUCAAAUCAAAGAAAAACCUUGUGUAUGCGAUAGAGGCUGUAUUUUUCAAUUAAACUUCAUGAAUUUUAAUCAGAAUGAUAAUCUUGAUGAAAUCUAGGUUGAGUUCGAAAAUGGGUCAUCUGGGGUCAAAAACUAGGUCACUAGGUCAAAUCAAAGAAAAACCUUGUGUAUGCGAUAGAGGCUGUAUUUUUCAAUUGAUCUUCAUGAAUUUUAAUCAGAAUGAUUUCCUUGAUGAAAUCUAGGCUGAGUUCGAAAAUGGGUCAUCUUAGGUCAAAAAUUAGGUCACUAGGUCAAAUCAAAGAAAACUUUGUGUAUGCGAUAGAGGCUGUAUUUUUCAAUUGAUCUUUAUGAAAUUUGGUCAGGAUGAUUACCUUGAUAAAAUCUAGGUUGAGUUUGAUUAUUGGUCAUCUGGGGUCAAAAGGUAGGUCACUAGGUCAAAUCAAAGAAAAACCUUGUUUAUGCAAUAGAGGCUGUAUUUUUCAAUUGAUCUUCAUGAAAUUUGCUUAGAAUGAUUGCCUUGAUGAAAUCUAGGCCAAGUUCGAAUAUGGGUCAUCUGGGGCCAAAAGUAGGUCACUAGGUCAAAUCAAAGGAAAACCUUGUGUAUGCGAUAGAGGCUGUGUUUUUUUCAAUUGAUCUUCCUGAAAGUAAGUCAGAAUGAUUGCCUUGAUGAAAUCUAGGUAGAAUUUGAAUAUGGGUCAUCUGUAGUCAAAAGUAGGUCAGAUGGACUCGGACAAUAAGGGUAGAUAACUUUUGACUGAAUUUCUGACAAAUUACCACGCUCAGGUGAGUUUUUCUGAUCACUCGAUGUCCGUUGUCUGUCUGUCUGUCUGUCCGUCAACAUUUAGCUUGUGUAUGCAAUAGAGGCUGUAUUUUUCAACUGAUCUUCAUGAAAUUUGGUCAGAAUGAUUACAUUGAUGAAAUCUAGGCUGAGUUUGAAAAUGGGUCAUCUGGGGUCAAAAACUAGGUCACUAGGUCAAAUAAAAGAAAAACAUUGUGUAUGCGAUAGAGGCUGUAUUUUUCAAUUAAUCUUCAUGAAUUUUGGUCAGAAUAAUUAUCUUGAUGAAAUCUAGGUCGAGUUCGAAAAUGGGUCAUCUAGGGUCAAAAACUAGGUCACUAGGUCAAAUCAAUGAAAAACCUUGUGUAUGCGAUAGAGGCUGUAUUUUUCGAUUAAACUUCAUGAAUUUUAAUCAGAAUGAUUACCUUGAUAAAAUCUAGGUUGAGUUCGAAAAUGGGUCAUCUGGGGUCAAAAACUAGGUCACUAGGUCAAAUCAAAGAAAAACCUUGUGUAUGCGAUAGAGGCUGUAUUUUUCAAUUGAUCUUCAUAAAUUUUAAUCAGAAUGAUUUCCUUGAUGAAAUCUAGGCUGAGUUCGAAAAUGGGUCAUCUUAGGUCAAAAAUUAGGUCACUAGGUCAAAUCAAAGAAAAACUUUGUGUAUGCGAUAGAGGCUGUAUUUUUCAAUUGAUCUUUUUGAAAUUUGGUCAGGAUGAUUGCCUUGAUAAAAUCUAGGUUGAUUAUUGGUCAUCUGGGGUCAAAAGGUAGGUCACUAGGUCAAAUCAAAGAAAAACCUUGUGUAUGCAAUAGAGGCUGUAUUUUUCAAUUGAUCUUCAUGAAAUUUGCUUAGAAUGAUUGCCUUGAUGAAAUCUAGGCCAAGUUCGAAUAUGGGUCAUCUGGGGCCAAAAGUAGGUCACUAGGUCAGAUCAAAGGAAAACCUUGUGUAUGCGAUAGAGGCUGUUUUUUUUCCAGUUGAUCUUCCUGAAAGUAAGUCAGAAUGAUUGCCUUGAUGAAAUCUAGGUAGAAUUUGAAUAUGGGUCAUCUGUAGUCAAAAAGUAGGUCAUGGAAAAUUUAGGUUGAUUUAAAGGUUCAAGUCCAAAUAAUUGAAGUCUGAAAUCCGCCUGUCAUUAUGUGAUUUGUUCUGUCACAUGAAGUGAUUGGAAAACUUUGUUUUCCUUCAAUUUUUUAUUUUGUAUUUAAUUGUAUGACUCACAUCCAAAGUUUUUUAUGCUGAUUCAUUCGCAUAAUUUGAAAGUAUUUUAGAUAACAACCAUUGUUUUGUAUUAUGUUUUAUUUUUGGUUGCACCAGUCAUUUGUUUCAUAGUCAUUUUUCCAGACUUUGUAAAUUAGCACUUACAGAUAUCAGUAAACAAUUAGUUUCAUAUUUCAUUGUGGUGGACCAGGAAUUUUAAAUGAAUAAUAAUUGUGUCUCAGCAUCAUACCAUAUUUCAUCAUGUAUAAACUAUAUUGUUUAUACUAUCCUCAUUGUGCUAAUUUUAAGCUUUUCUCAGUAUUUGUGAUACAUUUUUCUGACCAAGAUGUUUCAAGUAAAUCAUGUAUAAUAUUUUCAGCAAGCCAGACAAUACUUUUCUUUGUGCUGAAAGAAACCUGUCUUACACCCCGGGGGAGUGGGGAGUGGGGUCAGAUGAGUAGCAAGCUGUAAUUUACGAAUGCAUGCAUCAAUUCAUAUGCUACUACAAUAAAAUAGUGCUUGUGAUCGUUCUGUGUCCGUCGUCCGUCCGUCACCAACAAUUUGACUGUUAACACUCUAGAGGUCACAUUAUGUAAAUGAAUAUACCUCCGCAUCAUCUAGUGAGAUUGUUUUUAAAUGUUAUUUAAGUCUACCAGGGUAAGGAAUAGUCAUGCUAGUAUAGAAAUGCAGCAUUUGAGCCUAGGACCCUCAAACUUGUUAUGGAGAUUGGCCCUGACUAGUACAUGAUCCAAAAAGGGACUGUUACAAGAAAAUAUUUAUCCUGAUGAUAUUUAAUGUGUAUGCCUAUGUGAUCUAUGUCAAAACUUGAUCUUAUCAUUAAGAACAAUGGUACUCAGGUGAGCGAUAUAGGACCAUCAUGGCCCUCUUGUCUUGCAAAAGAUGGCCACCAGGGGGCAGGGCUAGUUUUCCUUUAAUAUAUGGCUGAUGGAAAAUUUGAGAAAAUGUCCUCAGAAAAUGCUGACUCAAUUUAAAAAGAUAACUUCCCUACCCUAGAUGGUUGAACUCACUUUUCAUCCAAUCUUUUGAAAACAUUUUUGUUGCCAGACAAGUUAGCUCUGUCAAUGGCCUUGAAUAGCUUUUGUCAUAGGUCAUAUAUUGGACUUUUUCUAUACCAGUUUAUUUACCUGUUACAGGUAUUGUGAGUUGUUGUUGUAACAAAUGAAAACACACCUGUUAAGAGAUCAUUACUAACUUGAUAAUCGUAAUACAUAUACAUUUAGUGCCAAUGUUCUAAUGCAUUUACUCUAAGCUGUAACACAGCAUAAACCAUGACACAGCAAGAGAUUAACUUUUUUUUGUCUUUGCAAUACAACCAUUUACAUGCAGCUUGAUGUAUAGAAAAACAAAUUGCAUUUUAUUUAUUUUGUAUGUUUAUUUCUUGUUUUUGUCAAUGUUUAUAUUAUAUUUUUUGAGGAAAAAAUGUUAUAUAAUCUUUUACAAUAAACAUGUACACAAUUUGA